AAGGGGGAGGGAAGGGAGCGGGUGGGUAGCAACAGUUGCCCUGGUGAGGACGAAGCGCCAUAGCCACGGUAGCCCUGGCGACAAGAGCCCAGCAACGAGAAUCAACAACAACAACAACUGAAUCCGCCAUAAAAAUAAAAGAAGACAUUUUACCGGUGGGAAAUACACACGUGGAACCAGAGGGUGAUUCCGAGCUCUUGUAAUGGCCACCACAGGCUACGUAGGUGAGAUCCAGCCGGCAGCCCAACCCCAGGGGGCUGGUGUUACCGUCACACCGGGGCAACCUGACGCCAGCUCCACCCCUCCAACUGCCACUCAGUAUCUGGCUGAGAUUCAGACUACUGUGGUCACUCCCACUGUUGUCACACCCACAGGACAAACUACUCCUACUGAUCAAGCCACUUCCAUCACCGCUCAGAAGCCUGCAGCUGGUGGUCAAACCCAGUCCACAGCACAGGCCCAGCCAGCUCAGACACAGUAUGUGACUGCAGAGAUCCAGGGCUCCCCCACACAGUCUGGAAAUGCUCAAAGCACUCCUCAGUACAUUGUUGUCACAGUCACAGAAGGCUCCCUUCACUCAAGUGACAGUGUGUCAGACUCUAGCCCUCCUCCAGCUGUGGUGCAGACAGGAGUUCCCACGCAGGUUGUUCAGCAAGUACAGGCGGCUCAACAGCAGAGGUCUGUGGUGCAGGCCACUUCUCAGAUAGCCAAGACUGAGCCAGGCACCCAGCUCAGUGUCACCAGUCUACAGCCUGUUCAUAUCAGCCCGGAGCUCCUCCCUAGCACCGAGGUGACAGCGUUAGUCAGGGAUAAGAAUCUAGAACAAUGGCAGCUGCAUCAUGAGAUAGGACAGCCAGAUUGCCUGGCCUGGGCAUCAGCAGACCACAUACGAGAAUGCUGCGGCAAGCCCCUCUACCUCCCCUUGGACCUCCUUCAGUAUUACCAAUCAUUGUACUUGCUCUCUGUACAUGCGGAGAAAGAGAUAGGAGCCCACCCUGCAGUCACAAGCUCAGGCCCUGAUCAGCCACCACUGCAGGCUACAACUGCCACUUUCCAAGUCCAGCAGCAGCUUACACCAGUGCCAGUGCAACAUGUGUACACCAAUCAAGUGCAGUAUGUGGAAGGAGGAGACACCAACUACACCACCAGCACCAUUCGUUCCAGCACCUUCCCUUACACUGACACACCCCUGUACACCCAGACAACAGCUACCCAGUAUUAUGAAGGUCAGCCAACCUCAGGCUCACAGGCCUCCACCCCUGGUACGCCUCUAGCCGUCUCUGUGACUGCUGGCACAACAGGGGGUGUGUCCAUGUUUGUGGCCCAGCCCACCAGUGCAGCAGGGGGAGGGGCCACCGUGGUGACCACAGGUGGCACCACCAAUGGGGCAGGGGAAGGGGCAGGCACCAACGGUGGCGCAGCAGGCAGCUAUGUGAUCCAGGGGGGUUACAUGCUGGGCAGCAGCAGCGGAGGGGCAGCUGGCAACAGUCAGAACUACUCACACACCGCCCGCGCCUCCCCAGCCACUGUGAGUAUUACAGAGGGCGAGGAGAGUAGCGUGCCGUCGGCAGACAAGAAGGUACAGUGGUUGCUGGACAACUAUGAGACAGCUGAAGGAGUGAGUCUGCCACGUUCCACCCUCUACUGCCACUAUCUGCUGCACUGCCAGGAGCAGAAACUAGAGCCUGUUAAUGCUGCUUCUUUCGGGAAACUCAUUAGAUCUGUGUUCAUGGGGCUACGCACACGACGCCUGGGUACACGGGGUAAUUCUAAAUACCACUACUACGGGCUGAGGAUCAAGGCAGGCUCUUCUCUUCUCCGUCUGAUGGAAGACCAGCAACAUCUGGCCAUGAGGCAGCAGCCCUUCUCACAGAAACAGAGGCUGAAGCCUGUGCAUAAAGUAGAGGGAAUGACCAAUGGCACAGCAUCAGGAGCAGGCCAGCAGCAACAGCAGCAGGGGUCAGGGCAGGUGGACAUCAGCACCCAGGUUCAGCAGUACCAGCAGUUCCUAGAUGCAUCCAGAGCUCUCCCAGAGUUCCCAGACAUCGACCUCCAGGGAAAGUCUCUGCCAGAGGGCAUUGAGCUGGAGCACAUAAAGAGCUUUCAGCUGCUGUACAGAGAACACUGUGAGGCCAUACUAGAUGUGAUGGUCAACCUGCAGUUUACCCUGGUGGAAACUCUGUGGAAGACCUUCUGGAGGUUCAGCCAGAGUCAGGCUGGAGAUGCCACGUUGGCUGUUCAUGAUGAGUCAGAGAAGCGUCUCCCUAAGUCCUGCCUGGUGUUGCUGUGCAAGUAUGAGCCAGUGCUGCGCUGGAGUCGUGACUGUGACAACAGCCUGUACCAGGGCCUGGUGGAGAUCCUCAUCCCUGAUGUACUCAGGCCCAUCCCCAGUGCCUUAACUCAAGCCAUCCGCAACUUUGCCAAGAGCCUGGAGAGCUGGCUGACCAAUGCCAUGAUGAACAUCCCUGAAGAAAUGGUCCGCAUCAAGGUAACGUCAGCCAAUGCAUUUGCCCAGACACUGCGUCGCUACACCAGUCUGAACCACCUCGCCCAGGCAGCCCGUGCUGUCCUCCAGAACACGGCACAGAUCAACCAGAUGCUCUCCGACCUCAACCGCGUCGACUUUGCUAAUGUUCAGGAGCAGGCUUCAUGGGUGUGCCGGUGUGAAGACCGUGUUGUCCAGCGGUUAGAGCAGGACUUCAAGCUGACCCUCCAGCAGCAGAACUCCCUGGAGCAGUGGGCUGCCUGGCUGGAUGGUGUGGUUUCCCAGGUUCUAAAGCCCUACCAGCAAAGCCCUGCAUUCCCUAAGGCCGCCAAGCUCUUUCUGCUCAAGUGGUCCUUUUACAGUUCCAUGGUGAUCCGGGACCUGACCCUGAGGAGUGCAGCCAGUUUUGGUUCCUUUCACCUGAUCCGCCUGCUGUACGAUGAGUACAUGUACUACCUGAUAGAGCACAGAGUGGCCCAGGCUAAAGGAGAGACCCCCAUUGCUGUCAUGGGAGAGUUUGCCAGUUUAGGCCGGGGUCUAAGCCAGCUGGAUCCUGACAAAGAAGAGGAAGAGGAAGAGGAGGAGGAGAGUGAUGACGAAGGUCAGGAGCUGUCCCUUCCCUCAGACGGGGGCGUGCUAGGAGAGGAGUCACUGGAGCCGCCUGCCAAGCUGGCCAGAACCGACCAGAGAGUCCUCUUCACAACCGGAUCAGCUGACAACUAAUCACAGAGUAACACUACUAGACGUGGGUUGAUUAUAUUGAUUAUAAACACACAGAUAUACAAAGAACACUAAUUUAUACACUCAACACAUGUAUAUAGAUCUUGUGUGUGCGCACUCUCGCUGCAUACUGUAACUGUCCCACUUGUUUAUGCACACACAAUCAAAACACACACUCGAUCAGUACUGCUGCUGCCUGGAUGGCACAACCACCUGUUGGCACCAUUGAUUCAAUACAGUCAAUGGUGUUGCAAUAGGAUGUGGCUUCAAAAACCAGACUUUCUCAAUGCAAAGAGAAAGACAGAGCAUUUUAACCCUCAGUUUUGUUGAUCUGUAAAAAUGAACUAAAGCCUGGCAUGUUUUUUUCUGUCUCUCAUUGCAUUGCAACCUGUAGCCUCUCUGUCUCCUUGCUGAGAAACCUUUUCUCACCUUAGAUCCUCCUAAAAACUGUCACUGCCGUAUCAAAGUGGUCUUGAAAAUACUGUGAUGUGUGUGUGUGUGUGUGUGUGUGUGUGUGUGUGUGUGUGUGUGUGUGUGUGUGUGUGUGUGUGUGUGUGUGUGUGUGUAAAGGUAACUCCUACAGGAGGAGGGUGCAAAGUGGACCUUCAACAGUAAAUGGUUGCUGAAGUUAGUUGUUACUAAAUCAUUAAAUGCUGUGGAAAUCUGUGAAGGGAAGAAUCAUUUGUGAAGGCUGACUGAACAUGGUUUUCCAUGAUGGUGUGUAUAUAUGUGCGUGUGUCUGGUUGUGUGACUGUGAGUCAUGCCAAGUGUGGACUGUUUCUUCUGUAGAUAUUUUCUAAGGCAUUCAGGUUUUGAUUUGGGAGACAUUUGUAGAUUUCCUGUUUGAUUUUAUUCGCCUGUAAAGAAAACGUUCUUGUGUUCUUGGAGUGCCUGUCGCAGCUGCUACACACACUUGUAAAGAUAAAGCUAUGGCUGUGGAAUUGGGGCUCCCGUUAGUUGCUGCAAAAACCCUCUCUUUUAUUGAACAUCUGGUUCCACGAGAGAGGUACUGUAUGUGUCAUAUUUUUAUGUUCAAAGUGCUUCAUUCCUGUCCAUCUAAUACGUUCCUCUGUGGCCUAAUUUUCGUUUGAUAUAUCAUUUACUUGCCUUAGUUUAAUAUAUUUUUCCUUGUGUGUGCCAAACCUGUUUGCUUUUAUCCCAGAUCCCAUUGUUUUUAAAUUAUCCUUCUAUGUUUUAAGGAGGACUGUGCCUGAGUAAGAACGGUGAUAUACUUAUAUUCUACUGUAUAUUUAUCCACUAUUUUGAAUUUUGUUGUCACUAAGUGAACCUCUUGUGCAGUGUAUGGUGCUGUGUUGUCGCACAUUGUAAGCAACCUUUGUGUGCAUUAUUGAUUUGUGAUUGUACGUUCAGUUAUCAAUCCUAUAUCAUAUCUGAUGACUUUUCCACAAACAGGCUUAGGCCCUGCCUCUUUGCACAUAUUGACUAUUGUCUUUAAAACUCCGUCAGAGUUAUCUGAAAUGUUUUUUCAUUUUCUUUGAAGGUGUGUUUUUAGUGGUGGGGUACAGGUGUCAGAUUUCGUGCGAACAUCUCUUACCACUCUGUGUGGUUCAGAGAAUUAGGUGAGAGGUGAGAGAUCUUAUGGCUCUUUCUGCACAGUCCUCCACCGACAUUCAUCUCCCUCCACUGUGCUGUCAUCUCACUGCGUUUCCACCCUCCUGCCAAUGGCUUUGUUUUGCUUCAAACAUCCAUAUUCUUAAACACUGUUUGUCAAGAUUAGUUGUUGUAAACAUUUUUGGAUUUUUAAAUACAAUGUCUUUAAAUAGCUGCAAUGUGCAUGUUUUCAACAGGCACUGGCAGCCUCAAACCAGCACAUCAUCCUUUAUAUGGAGUCUAAUGCUACCACAGCUGAGUACAUAUCACUCCAGUCUUUUAAUGAUCUACAGCAUAUAGAAUGGCCAUUGUAAGAAAAAUGUUUAGUCAUUUUUAUAGUGCGUUGUUUCUUAUGUACAAAACAAACUGAGAAAAAAGAUGUUCAGUGGCAGUGUUUUAUGAAUUUGGUCUGCUGUAAGUAUGACUGUGCCUUUGGAGGUGGUAGAAUGCAAUUCAGAUGUUUUUAAUUUUAAAGAUAUAAAUUAAAGAAUUUUUAAAAUUGCA